CCUCUCUGUGACUGCCUCUGGGCUCCUCUUGGUUUAAAGCGAUGGUGUCCCCCAGGAUCAAAUUUCAGCGUCACAGCUGGGGACUGGCUUCGCGGCCCCUGAUGGGAGAGCAUGAGCAGGUGGUAUGUGGCACUUCCCCAGACAAGACCUUGGACUAUACAAUUCACUGGUCCAGGACCCCGGAACCAGAGACCUUGGGGCCAGCUGCUUCAGAGAACACAGUGACGAGUAUAGAUUGGAAGCCAGGGAGGGACUCAGGGCCUCGGUCACAUGGGUCUCCCCCCUUCCUCAACUCAGACUCCUCGCAGGAGCACUGUAAUGACCAGGAACUUGUGAAGAGGCAUCAGAGCAUCACUAAGAAGCCGUUGGAGACCAGCUCUUCCAAAGCCAAGGUUAAGUCCACAACGAUGAUUCCUGACACCCAGAAGCUCCUGCGAUGCGAACUGGAGGCACUCAAGAACCAGCUACAGGCCCAGACGAAGGCUUUCGAGUUCCUAAAUCACUCAGUGACCAUGUUGGAGAAGGAGAGCUGCCUGCAACAAAUCAAGAUCCAACAGCUUGAAGAAGUCCUGUGCCCCACGAGCCGGCAGACAGAGAAGGAUGGACACAAGUGGGGCAUGGAGCAGGGACAGCAAGAGCUGUAUGGGGCCCUGGCACAAGGCCUGGAGGGGCUGCAGAAGACCUUGCGGGACAGUGAGGAGGUGCAGCGGGCCCGCACUACCCGCUGCCUGCAGCUGCUGGCCCAGGAGAUCCGAGACAGCAAGAAAUUCCUGUGGGAGGAGCUGGAGCUGGUUCGGGAGGAGGUGACCUUCAUCUAUCAGAAGCUCCAGGCACAGGAGGAAGAGAUCACUGAGAACUUGGUGAACAUCCAGAAGAUGCAGAAGACCCAGGUGAAGUGCCGCAAGGUCUUGACCAAGAUGAAACAGCAGGGGUGUGAAACAUCCAACUGGCUGGAAACAGAGGAGAUGCCAUCAGGAGGCAAUGGUUCUUGGAGGGAUGACCUCCAGAAGGAGCUGAGUGACAUAUGGUCCGCUGUGCACAUGCUGCAGAACUCCUUUGAUGGCCUCACCAUGUCCUCGGGGGUCCGCCCCAGAGCUGCGAGCCUCAGGGGCUACAAGGAACACCGAUGCUUGAGCCCCCCGCACCCCUCCUGGGACUCGGACACCGACUCAGACCAGGACCCUUCCCAGCCACCAUUCAGCAAAAGCCACUCCUUCCCACGGGCUUGAGCAGCAGGGGCUGCUCUCCCCGAAGACCCCUCCAGAGAGAAAAUAAACUAGCCGAGACCCU